AUGUCGCUGAUCCACAAAGUUGCUGUCAUGAUUUGUGUCCUCAACUUCCAUUAUUGUCAGAAGUGUGUCAAUGAGAAAGUCCGACCGUUACCUGCUUUCGAUAAUGUGGAGGUGCGCGAGUACGUAUUGUGGGAGGUUUCUUCAGGGAAACUGGUUUGUUUAGGAAAAUGUUUCCAUGAUGUUCGUUGUCACAGUUUCCAGACUCUGGGUUCUUCUGGAAGGUGCACAGGCCAUGCUACAGCGUUUGCCAGUCCGGACAAGAUCUACUCACCCACCCUUGCUUCCCCUGGAACAAGGAUGUAUCUACUGCCUCGAGCUUCCGACUUCGUUGGCAGUGCUUGUACAAGUGAUGGCGACUGCAGUCUUGAACACACCUAUUGCAAUGAUGGAGCUUGCAACUGUCAAGCCGGCAUCAUGUUCUCAGUAGGGAGGAGUGCGUGUGUCACAGACUGCACCAAAUGGGGAUACGACGCCGUCCGCUAUUUUGAUCGUUCCAUUGGUGGUUACAACGAUGAUCACGUUUCUGGCGUCACCGAGGCUGCUUGCCGUCAGCUAUGUCUCAACAGCAGCACCUUUACCUGCACUUCGUGCGACUACAAGGACAACCAGUGUUUCCUGUCCAGCGCUACAUUUCUGUCCGUCCCAGAAAGCAGCCGAGAUCUUGGCACAUCCUAUGCGCACUACCAACGCACCUGCUUGUAAAUCUCGCAACCUAAGUGUUAUUCAAGAAGGAAUUAUCCACCACUGUGAACAAAAGUUACAUCCUGUAUGUGGCAUCACUAACAAUAUGCAACAGACCCCCAUGUAUGAAAACCAAAAUCACUAGAUGUGGUAACCUUGUAACCAGACACCCGGUGCGCAAAAUGUAAAAGUCUUUACGUGUCAACCCUGGACUUCUGUGACCAAUUUUCCAGUGUUUAAGUGAAACAUUCUUUACGUGUCAACCCUGGACUUCUGUAACCAACCUCCCAGUGUAUAAAGUGAAAAAUCUUUACGUGUCAACCCUGGACUUCUGUGACCAACCUCACAGUGUAUAAAGUGAAAAAUCUUCACAUGUCAACCCUGGACUUCUGUGACCAACCUCACAGUGUUUAAGUGAAACAUUCUUUACAUGUCAACCCUGGACUUCUGUGACCAAUCUCCAAGUGUAUAAAGUGAACAAAUCUUUAAGCGUCAACCCUGGACUUUUGUAACCAAUCUCCCCAUGUUUAAAUGAAACAUUCUUUACGUGUCAACCCUGGACUUCUGUAACCAAUCUCCCAGUGUAUAAAGUGAAAAAUCUUUACAUGUCAACCCUUGACUUCUGUAACCAAUCUCCCAGUGUAUAAAGAGAAAAAUCUUUAUGUGUCAACCCUGGACUUUUGUAACCAAUCUCACAGUGUAUAAAGUGAAAAAUCUUUACAUGUCAACCCUGGACUUCUGUGACCAAUCUCCAAGUGUAUAAAGUGAACGAAUCUUUAAGCGUCAACCCUGGACUUUUUUAACCAAUCUCCCGGUGUUUAAGUGAAACAUUCUUUACGUGUCUACCCUGGACUUCUGUAACCAAUCUCCCAGUGUAUAAAGUGAAAACAUCUUUAAGCGUCAACCCUGGACUUUUGUAACCAAUCUCCAAGUGUUUAAGUGAACAAAUCUUUAUGUGUCAACCCUGGACUUCUGUAACCAAUCUCCCAGUGUAUAAAGUGA